ACCGCAGACCCGGCCUCACUCCCAUCGACCCACAGGGAGGACAUCUCGUCGCUACUGUACGCGGCAGCGCAUCCGCAGGCCGGAGCUCGCCCCCUCGCCGGAGACACGGGCGGAGACGAUGCUGGAGGCCCAGCCUCCGCCGCCCUCGAGGGCGAUGAUGCUCGCCGACCUCAACGUCGACCCGCCGGAGAGCGACGGCGAGGAUCACCCACCAACCCCCAAACCCAACCCCGCCAUCGCCGCCGCGGCCGUAGCAGCCGCCGCCGCUGCUCCGGUGGUCCCCGUCGACUCCUCCACUAGGAGUUGCAACGAGGAGGGUAGUUUGGCAAAAAACACGACCGUGGUGAAGGAGCCUGAUACUGUUGAAUGCGAAGAUGUCGAGCAACAUUGUCCAGGGGCUUCCGUUUCACGCGAGGAGAAAGUUAGCAACCUGAAAGCUGCUCUAGUAAAUGUUGCCCGGAAGAUGCCUAAGAAUGCUCAUGCCCAUUUUAUGUUGGGUUUGAUGUACCAAAGGCUUGGUCAGCCACAGAAGGCAAUAAUAGCAUAUGAUAAGUCGUCUGAAAUAUUGCUACAAGAUGAACAAGAAGUGCGGAGGCCUGAUUUACUCUCAUCAGUGAGGAUUCACCAUGCUCAGUGUAUUUUGCAAGCAAGCAUGGGUGAUAGUUUUGACGAAGAGCUUGACACUAGUGAAUUGAGUGAAAUCCUUGUUAAGCUGAAGAGUUCAGUUGAAUUGGACCCCAGGCAGGCCGCUGUUUGGAACAUUCUCGGUUUAGUUCUUCUUCGGGGUGGUCAACUUCAGAGUGCUAUCUCAGUUUUUUCUACUCUCACGACUGUUGCUCCAGAUUACCUGGACUCGCUUGCCAAUCUUGGUGUUGCAUAUAUUCAAAGGUGUGAACUUGAAAUUACCAUUCCCAUUUUCCUUUGUUUCACACUGUUAAUAUAUUUAUCAAUUUUCAGUGGGGAUCUAGAAUUGUCCACAAAAUGCUUUCAAGAGCUCGUUCUGAAAGAUCAAAGUCACCCAGCUGCUCUGGUGAACUACGGUGCUCUCCUUCUAUGUAAAUAUGGGUCUUUGGCCGCAGGGGCAAGUGGUACUGUCAGUGCAGGGUCUUAUCUGCAUCAGAAAGAAGCCUUAGUUGCUGCAAAAGAGUGCUUACUUGCAGCUGUGAGGUCUGAUCCUAAAGCUGCAUCGAUAUGGGUCAAUCUUGCAAAUGCAUAUUACAUGGCUGGUGAACAUAGAAAUUCAAAGAGGUGUUUGGAGCAGGCAGCAAAAUUUGAACCCAAUCAUAUGCCUGCCCGGUAUGCUAUUGCAGUUCACCGUAUCAGAGAUGCUGUAAGAUUGCAAUGUUCUGAUGAUCAGCUUAUCUGGGCUGCAAAUGAGAUGGCAACGGUUCUAAAAGAAGGAGACACUUCAGUAGUUGAUCUCCCAGUUGCAUGGGCGGGGUUGGCAAUGGCUCACAGGGCACAGCAUGAAAUUGCAGCUGCUUAUGAUGGUGAACAGACAAUUCUAAAUGAGGCAGAAGAGCGAGCUCUUUAUACACUAAAGCAGGCAAUCCAAGAGGACCCGGAUGAUGCUGUUCAAUGGCAUCAGCUUGGCUUAUACAAUAUGUGCACGACUCAGUUUAGUCGAUCUGUAAAUUUUCUCAAAGCUGCAAUAGCUCGUUCCCCAGAAUGCUGCUAUGCUUGGUCUAAUCUCGGUAUUGCGUUGCAGUUAUCGAAUGAUCCGUCCUCUGAAACUGUGUAUAAACGGGCACUAGUGCUAUCGUCAAGCCAGCAGUCGUACGCAAUCCUCUCGAACAUUGGGAUCCUUUAUCGGCAGCACAGGCUGUAUGAACUUGCAAGAAAGAUGUUAUCCAGGUCUUUGGAAAUUUGUCCCGGAUACGCCCCAGCCAACAACAAUCUGGGGCUUGUGUUUGUCGCGGAGGGCCGUUGGGAGGAUGCUGUAAGCUGUUUCGAGAAGGCUGUCAAGUCUGACGACUUGCUUGAUGCUGCCAAAUCGAACUUGGCAAAAGCCCUUGCGUUGGCUAAGAAACAGUAGAGCAAGAGAUGAUGAACGGUGAUGACCUUUCAUCCAUUGCGCUGGAGCUUCGAACAGGAAGGACCUGUCCAUGCAAACCUCGUAUCUGGAAUGUCAACUUUCAAGGGGCCAACUCAGAAGCUAUGCUUGGUGACUCUAAGGCUGCUCCCAUCCGUGUGCAGCGGAUCAGCCCCCAGGCUCCGCAGUUGCGCUGGUAGGUUUUCUGUGGCCGGUCACUCGGAAAGGGAAGAGUUUGAAGAAAUUCUGGAGUAGGAUUUGACUGUAAGUUUGUAACAAGCAUGCGACAUGAACAUGAACCGACUGUACCUGUACCCUGUACAUAACACCUCAAAGUUUUAGCUACAAACACAACUCACUUUCACUGUAAGAUCAGUUGUCACAACGCCGUCUCUUUUUUUUUUUGGC